AACGAGCCAGUUUGUUCUUUAGCAGAAAGUGUCUUUGCUUUAGUUUUUGUUUUUCAAAUGCAAAUACCCUUAGUGCAAGGUGGGAGGCCUAGUGAUUAUCUCAGCCAGGUGGGGAAGGGGACAAUCUCCUGCUGAGGUCCCGAAGAAGAUCCCUCCUCGGAAGCUGUUAUUUGCAGUGGUGCCAAGCGCAGCAACCUCCUUUUCCAAGUGAGUCAAAGUUGUGCUUGCAGAACUUUCCACGCUGCAGCGAUAAACUAGCAGGAAAUGGGAAACAAUACCCUCGUUGCGGGAACCAGUGCUUCUCCCUCGAUAGAGGAACUCUACUAUCUCAGCUGAAUUUGCAACAAAACUUCCGUUUGGGGCAGCCACCAGUGCCUGCGCGUGUUGACUCUCACAAGUAAAUCCCAAUGCGUUCAGUGGGGCUUGCUCUUCCCGGCAUUCGUUUGAUGUGAGGCCUUAACUGGUUCACACCCACAGAACACUGGCUGGCUGAAUAAAUGGAGAAUGAGUCGGACCUUGAUUUUUCUGAGUGUUUAGCUGCUGAGCUGCGCAUCUGUGUGGAGCAGUAUCUACUCAAGAAGCGACCUGCUCAUCAUAUGUGAACAGGAAACACGCAGAGCAAAAAGUCUGACAUAGGCAAUAAAGUUAAACCACACUGCAGGAUGCUGUUGCCUCGUAGAAGGUUUUUUAACUAUGAGAUCCAGCUGACUGAGUGAAGAAUGCAGUUCAGGAAAAAGCUGUGGUGCAUCCUGGCCCUCUGCCUUGCGUUUUUCCUUUGGAAGCUUUACAAGGCUGUGUAUAUGGACCCUUCGCCUUCCUCUGGAGAAUGGCCGCUGAUGGAGUCUCCCUGGGAGGGAAAGAGGUGCAGCCAGAACAGGUGCACAGAGCAUAGCAAGUUGGACUGGUUUUGUGAUCACUUUGAUGCCUCAGUCAACUGCCUGCUGACUCUUAGAAAUCCAGAGGUCCCCUCGGAGGUUCUGCAGUGGUGGCUGAGGCUGCAAGGAUAUCAGGAUGGAAGCCAACUCCAGAAGAUAAUAAAGCACUUGUUUGACAUCCUUCACUCCCCUCCCGUUACAUCCCAAGAUUUUAGCCAGUGUGGAACAUGUGCUGUGGUGGGCAAUUCAGGGAGGCUGAAGGGCUCUAAAUAUGGAAAAAAGAUUGACGCUCACCACUUUGUGCUGAGGAUGAACACAGCACAAACUGCAGGCUUUGAGGAAGAUGUUGGUGCAAGAACCACGCACCAUUUCAUGUACCCAGAGAGUGCUGUGAACCUGCAUGCUGGCGUCCAUCUUGUGUUCGUCCCCUUCAAAACUCUGGAUCUCAAAUGGCUAGCUAGUGCUUUUUCCUCAGGAGAAAUUAAGCGUACAUACCAAAGAGUCAAGCCCUUCAUUGAAGCUGACAAAAGCAAGGUCUUAAUACUGAACCCUGCCUUCCUAAAAUAUAUUCACGAUAAAUGGAUGAAGCGCUUUGGAAGGUAUCCAUCCACUGGAUUCGCUGCACUGCUUUUUGCUAUUCAUACUUGUAAACAGGUCUCUGCAUUUGGUUUCGGCGCAGACAGCAGAGGGAACUGGCACCACUACUGGGAAAAGAAUCGGUACGCUGGAGCUUUCCGCAGGACUGGAGUCCACAAUGGCACUUUUGAACUGGCACUCAUUGAGAGACUAGCAGCUGAAGGCAGAAUAUCAUUUUAUAAAUAGCUUGCUCCAGUGCCCCACAGACUUCAAAGUCACUAAUCC